AACGGACUAGACGCCAGCAUCAUCAACCGUCUACAAACGCUUUUGUAAAGUAAAUCUAAACAAUUACGUUUCCAUCCGCCUCACUUUAAAAGUAAGCGAUUCGUCAUCGGCAAUGACUCAUCGGCUUCGCACAUAAAUCACCGUUUGCACGGAAACUCGUGAGAAAAGGAAUAACUUGCGGAAGGCAUGGAGUUCGACAGGAUCAUACCUCAUGUUGGAGGCUUCGGCCGCUGUCACAAACUACUGGCGGCUUUCGCCUGCUUCCCCGACCUGCUGGUGGCUUUGAGCCUGUGCAGCAGCGUGUUUUUCAUGCUAACGCCAGGUCACCAUUGUCAGCCCGACCCGCAGCUGCUCCCCGAAAGCCUGAGAAACUUGUCGGGAGCGCAACUCCUCAACUACAGCCUGCCGCCAGGAACGGGCGCCUGGAGCCGCUGCCAGCUCCUCCGAUACCCGCCGUCGGACACCGGCGGCGCGAGCCAGCUGGUUCCGAACGGCAGCGUCUCGUGCACCCGGGGCUGGCGGUUCGGGCCGCCGGUCGGCCUGCAGACCAACGUCAUCACUCAGUGGAAUUUGGUUUGCAAAAACUACUGGAAGGUUCCUUUGGAGCAAGUAGGCUAUUCCAUUGGCUGGAUUGUUGGAUUCUUGACCCUUGGAACUGUUGCAGAUAGGUUGGGCCGUCGAAGUACAUUUAUUCUUUCGGUGGUUGUAACAAUUAUUCAGCAUAUUGGAGUUUCAGUCUCUAUGGAUUUUAUCAUGUUUCUUGUAUUUCGUAUGUUCAGCGGGAUCGCAUUGGCUGGAAUCUUCUUGUCUGCAUAUGUUGCAAGGUUGGAAAUGUGUGAUCCAGCACACCGACUGGUCAUCAUGAUCAUUGCUUCAUUUUGCGGAGUGGCUGGGGAAGUGUUACUUCCAGGGUUAGCUGAACUGUGCAAAAACUGGAGAAUUUUGCAGGGUGUUGUCACUGCUCCUUUCCUAAUUCUACUUAUCUAUUGGUGCAUUCCAUCUAUGUUCCCAGAGUCUCCACGUUGGCUCCUUGCAACCGGACGGAUUGGGAAGUGUAAACAAAUACUACGAGGCAUAGCGAUUGGUAAUGGUGUCAAUGUGGAAGAUGAAAUAUACACUCAAUGCACUGUAUUUAAUGAGAUGGACUCUCUGUUUGAAGAGGUUACACAUGUCCGUUCAUAUACAUACUGUGAUCUGACCACUGCACGAACUAUUUGGAAGAACAUCUUGAUAUUAGGGUUCACCACGUUCAUUGGCAAUGGAAUCCAACAUUGUUUUUCCCAAAAUCUUGUUGAUUACAUCCCAUGGUUCUACUUGAGCUAUUUUGUCAUUGCUGGCACUGAAGGAGUGGCCCUCGUCUUCUUAUAUUUUACUGUCAACAAAUUUGGCCGACGUGGCAUUUUACUCUUCUCAACUAUCUUUACUGGACUGUCUUCGCUAUUGUUGCUUGCUCUUGUACAAUACUUGCAUGAAGCAGUUCAUCUGGCUCUUUCCAUCCUGGGCCUUGUGUCAGCUUUUUCCGUUAGUAUAUUGAGUAUAUUUUUUGCUAGUGAGGUGGUCCCAACAGUUGUUAGAGGUGCCACUUUAGGCCUCAUCAUGGCAACAGGCUGUGUUGGCAAAGCAACAUCUCCAAUCAUGGAUCUCCACAAUAAACACGGCUUCUUUCUUCGUCAUGUAGUUUUUGCGUCUUUUGCAGUGCUCUCGGUUUUGUGCAUCAUGUUGCUUCCGGACAGCAAACGGAAACCACUACCAGAAUCUUUAAAAGAUGGUGAAAAUCAGAGACGUCCUCCAAUGUUACUGUCACAAAACAAGGACAGAGUUCCUUUGCUACAUCCAAAACAACACAGCAAUUAUAAUCCAGAAAGCUAUUCAAAUCUUGUUACAGCUACUAAGAAAAUGUUGGUCCGUAACAUUCCUAUUCAGUCGCAGGGUCCCAAAAAUGUGAUCAAGGAGACCAGAGAAUCGGCAGCCUAGCCAAUCUUCAUGGUGCUUGUUGAAAUGUAAAAUACUUUGCUGUUGCAUAUUCUGCACCACAGUAAGCUUUCAUUUAUCUAUUGCAGAAAUUUGUACAUCUUAAGACAUGAGAGUUUUGUAAACUGAUUAAUGUGCUUGCUCAGUUCUUGAAGUUUAAAUUUCAAUCUCAAAGAUGUUUCUAAAGAUGUAUGAUAACACGAAGAGAGUGUAAAUUGGGAUCCAGGGCUAAUACUAUAAAUAUUGAAUGCACUUUGGGUUGUGUACAUCCUUUGUCAAUUAUGUAAAAAUAGGGUUGCAAAUAUUGACAAUGAAGUUUUGAUGACUGCACAGUUGCUGCCCCCCCCCAUCCCCACACCACAGUUCAUCUAAUUAUAAGAGCCAUUUUAUAUCAACCACAGUACUUUGUUGCUAAAUAUGCAAACCAUUUUAGUGUCUGGACCUGGGCUGACAUGUUUGAAAUUCUUUUGGUUUCCCGAAAUUUAAUUCCUUGUCCUCCUUAUUGGGCAUUUUUUUGAUUGCAAGCAGUUUUUUUACUUACCUAAUUUAUUGAAGACAACAUGGAAAAGUAUAUUUAAUUGGUUCUGAUUUAGAUUGGAUUAAUAAUUAAAGUUUGUAAUGUAAAUUUAUCAAAUUACCAGCCAAAAAUGCAAACUAUUGUAAUUUUUUUUGGGGAUUUAGGUUUUUACCAGCUCAGUUUUCAUGGUUAAAAUGUUUCAAGAUUCCCACUCCAUGUAUGUUCUUGUUCAGCAAUUAAUUCAACAGAAUGUGUUCUUCAUGUUUGCCAGUGGAGUUAAGAGCUAGGAUUCAUAAUUAUAGGAAUUCUUGUUAUUUGUUAAUUAACAGUUUAUAUUUUUAAAGUAAUUCUCGAUUUUCAAGUAAACAAGGAUCUUGUGCUUGUUUAGAGAACAGGUGAAGAAUCAAAAAAGAGAAGUUACUUGAAGGUUUAAGUCAAAUUGCAUUAACCAUCUUCACAGUGCUUUUUGUGUAUAUAACGGCUGUUUUUCUCUGCUGCCCAGGCAGUUAGGAUUGAUUGGAUACUGGCCCUAUUUUUCACAUGGUACCAGAGCACUUCUGGACAAUCAAAUGUAGACUCUCCGGGUAACGGUUCUGAGGCAAGCACACUCAUUUGUUUGAUAUCUACAGAGAAACGUUGAAAUGUUUGGUUUAUACUUUGGGUUACUGAACAGAUAGGUGCUAAUAUUCCAUCACAGCUCGAAAGAAUCCCCUUCCUGUACGUUUAGCACAAGGGCAAAGUUUGCUGGUUGAUGUUCCAUUCCUUUUUUGUUCACUUGCCUGUAAAAUUCUGGUAUAACAAAACUGAUUGGAAAGCUAUGGUUUUGACUUCAA